AUGAUCUUCCAUGACUCGUUUGCCUCUGCCAUUUCUUCGUACGAUCCAACAGGUAGCCUCUCGCUUUCAGACAUAAGAACGGCAAUAAGAAACGCCAACGGCGCGAAACCGUCGCUUUUCGUGCCAGAAAUGUCUUUUGAGCUGCUUGCAAAGCAACAAAUAGCGAAUUUGGAGCCUCCAUCGCUCUUUUGUGUCAGCAUGGUGUAUGAAGAGUUGCUCAAGCUCAUCACUUCUUGCGCAUCUGCCGAGCUUGCAAGGUAUCCAAAUCUGCAGAAAAAAGUCAUCGACGUGGCGAGCACGCUCAUCAAGGAGCGAAUGGAGCCCACGCGAGCCAUGGUCCAGUCUUUGAUAGCAAUCGAGCUUGCCUACAUCAAUACUAACCAUCCGGAUUUCUGCAGGGCCGGGGCAGCCCUGGCCGCGAUGGAGCAAGCUAACGAGAUCAGAAAGCCGAUUUCUGUAAGCGAGCCUGCACAAAUGGAAGACAUAUGCACAUCGCAAACUGGGGGCUCGCUGACCUCUUCGUCGCAAACAGCCCUCACCCCAUCAAAUAGCGGCAUUUUAAACUUUUUCUUUCGAACAGCCUCUUUGCCUAUUAAUAGCCAAAGCCAAUCCUUGGGCACAUCCUCGCCCAUGGAGACGCCCAUUCGAGGGGGGAUGGCAUUUGCUCUUCCCUCAACCCUAUCGCCCUCGAUGAGCCCAGCCUCGCUGCCGCCAGCAUUGAGGGCAAUGGCCCCGGAGCCCAGCACCACCACCGCACCUCACCGACCAAAGCUAUUCUCUUUGGAGUCAAAGGGAUUUACCGAGAAAGAGGAAAUGGAAACACAUCUCAUUAUGACGCUAAUUAGGUCCUAUUUCAAUGUCGUGCGCAAAAACAUCGUCGACCUGGUCCCCAAGGCAACCAUGCACUUUUUGGUGAAUGCCGUUAAAGAAAACCUGCACAACCGUCUGGUUACUGAGCUUUAUCGGUCGGAUUCGGAAAAAAUCUUUGACGAGCUUCUUCAGGAAGAUCCGGCCAUCGUCAAGGAAAGACGUCGAAUAUCGCAAAUGCUCGAGACGCUUUCGCACGGCAUGGAAAUCCUUGGAGAAAUCGGAGAAAUGGCCACCGAAUAG